CCGACUGCGGCCACCGUGUUCCGCAGUUCGCGCAAGCCGCAUUGGAGCUGUGGCCAGCGCGGCCGCGCGGAGAACUGGGCGUACCGCAUCCAGUGUCUCCGUGGCUGCCAGGCUCCAGCUGCGAUCGUCUCCCGUGCACGCCGGCAGCACAAGGAGGCUGAAGGCGGCGACGGAAGCGGCGGGCGCCGUGGAGUUCCCAGGAGGCCAGCUGGCGGCGCGGCCCCUGGCAUCCCGAAGGAGCUCGCUGCCCGGAUGCAGGCCAUCGAGCAGCGCCUGGCGCCGCCCGACGCCGAGUGGCCCAACCCUCGCGGGCCGCCGUCGUGGCAUGCAGGCGCAGGCGCUCGUGCAGGUGCAGGCGGGAGCGAAAUCAAGAAGUCGCCGAGCACCAAGACCGGCGAGUGCAUCGGGGAGCUUGAGGAGACCUUCGAGAAGUUCCCCUUUCAGCUGACGAACGCAACAGGGACCUCAGAGGACGUGCAGCGCGCGUUGUCCAGCCUGGAGAAGAUGGAGAAGGAGCUGCUGGAGAAGCAGUCCCAGUUCGUUGAGUUAUCGGAAGGUACCGAGCACCGCAAGGAGGCGAUCGAGGCGAAGAAGCUGGAUAUCGCCGCGUUGGACACGGCCUCCACAGAGUCUGCCAGAAGCGUCACGGGCGCCACCGCCGCCGCCGCUGACGGUUUCAACCUCGAGGAGGCCGACGUGGCCGACCAGCCCGAGUUUGUCGCGUUCAUCAAUUCCGAGGCGUGGGCCAAGCACAAGUCCGCUUUAUCGGCCAAGUACGCUGCUCGGGCUGGCGCUGCCAGUAGCAGUGAUGGGGCUGAUUGGGUCGCUGCUGCCGAGGACCCCGCCGACAUGCCCAUGGCGGCCCCCUUCGAUGAGCAGAAGAAGCACCCCGUCCAUGCCCGCGAGCCCGGCGGCAUCGACGCCUUCACGCAGGCCUUCGACGCCACGCGGUCCGAGGUCGCGGCCAAGCGUGCACGGCAUCAGGCGUCUGUAAACAAGCGGCUCACCAGCACCGCGGCCAGCGUGGUCUUGUUUCAGGAGUUCGGGCACAUCAGCGACCACGUCGAGGCCAUGGGCCCCUGGUGCGCCGGCCGAGGCCGGCGCCUGAUGGCGCUCCCGAGCACGCCCGCGGCGGGCACGGUGCCGCCUGCAGGCGCCGCGGUCGCCGUGCGCGACAGCCUGAGCGCAAGGCCCCCUGCCCAUGGUGAGCGCGAGCUAACCCCGAGCAGGGUUCAGCGCGUUGCCAUUGAUCCACGAGGCCUGCGGUCGGGCCUCCACUUGUUCAAUGUCUACCUUGUCACUGGCGGAGGAGCAGUUUUGCACAAUGACAGUCUGCCGCAGGAGCUGGGCUCGGCUGCCGCAGCGCUGGACGGCCCAGCCAUCGUCGGCGGCGACUGGGCCAUGCCUCCAGAGGCAAGCCAGUUUCCUGCUCAUGUUGGGUGUUCGACUGUGAACACAUCUGCGAAUACGUUCAUAGGAGACACGGGCAACUCGGCCAUGGAUUAUUUCCUCCUCAACUCGGCUGCCAUGAGGACGCACGCCAGCAUCAGCAUCGACGCCAAGCGGUCCAAGCGAGGCCAUCGCCCAGUUCGCAUCCCGCUGAAGGGCGGCGCCGAGCACGUCAAGAAGCCGGUGUACACCGUCGCGCCGAGGAUGGGCGCGCAGGUCACGGCUGGCCCUUCGCCGCCUCCGCCGCCCCGGCGCGGCGCGCGCCGCGCGGCCGAGGCUGCGGCGGCGGCCUGCGCCGACGAGCGGGUGCCCCCCAGCGUUGGAUGGGGCCUCCUGUCUGCCGCCUGGGGCCAAUCUGCUGCGCUAGCUGCGGAGUCGAUUGCGGCCGCGGCCGGCCACCAAGAUUGCACCGCUCAAGUUUUUGCACGGCCCCUUCGGCCCAGAUGGAUUGAUAUCAGCUACACGAUCACAGAUCAGUCUGACUUGCAGGCAGUGUCUGAGGGCUGGCAGCGGGGGCAGCAUUCCCUCCUCCAUCUCGCGGCACUCAAGCGGGCCCCGAACCCAUCGGCGCAGGAGCUGGCGCAGCGCGCAGAGGAGGCCCUCACGAUCUCCACGGCGGCCCCCCACGGGCGCGGCCUGUCGGCGCGCCUCGAACGCUCGGCCCAGCAGGCGCGGGCUCUCGAACAGGGCGGCUUCGACGAGGAGGCCCGCCGCGAGUUCUUGGGCGGCAUCGAGCCCGCCGCCAAGCCGGCACGCAACGGCGCGCCCACGGAGGGCCACCAGAAGCG